AUGUUUUCUUAUUUUGCAGGGAUAUACAAGGGACACUGUUUUCGAAUCAACCAUUUCCCUGAAGACAACGACUAUGAUCACGAUAGCUCUGAAUAUCUUCUCCGUGUAGUACGUGCUUCCAGCGUGUUUCCCAUCCUAAGCACAAUCUUGCUGUUACUGGGAGGGCUCUGCAUUGGAGCUGGGAGGAUUUAUAGCAGCAAAAACAACAUUAUCCUUAGUGCUGGAAUUCUUUUUGUAGCAGCAGGAUUAAGUAAUAUAAUAGGAAUUAUUGUCUACAUCUCCAGCAAUGCAGGCGAUCCUAGUGACAAGCGGGAUGAGGAUAAAAAGAACCAAUACAGUUACGGCUGGUCUUUUUAUUUUGGAGCCCUGUCUUUUAUUGUGGCAGAAACAGUUGGUGUGCUGGCUGUGAACAUUUAUAUUGAUAAAAACAAAGAGUUGAGGUUUAAGACCAAAAAGCAGUUCCUUAAGACUUCUGCUUCCCCUUACGCAAGGAUGCCAAGCUACAGAUACAGAAGAAGAAGGUCCAGAUCCAGUUCUCGAUCAACAGAACCUUCUCCUUCUAGGGACAUUUCUCCAGUUGGGAUGAAAAUGGCAGGUUCUUUUCCGAUGAAUGAAAUCUCCAUGUACACCCUCUCCAGGGAACCUUUGAAAGUCACCACAGCAGCAAGUUACAAUAUAGAACAAGAUGCUGGCUUUCUUCAAGUCCACAAUUUCCUUCAAAAGGAAUUCAAAGAGGGACUUCAUAUCAAUAUGGUCAACAGGAGAACAACACCUGUUUAAAGGGAUUUGUUGGUUUUUUUUUUUUCCUGAAACAAAGCAGGGGAAGCGAAAUCCAGAUUAUGUGAAAAGCAUGUCUUUUGAAAAGGCUGUUGCAUACUUCAGGAAUAAGAAUCCCAGAAUGAAGUUGCAGACAGAGACAUAACACAGUGACCUGGAGAGAUGGAACAAUACCUUUUUAGCUGAUUUUUAUAAGCUCUUUCAAAAUUUGAUUAAGAAAAUAAUGUUUAAGAAAUACAUAACAGAAAUUAAAAUCAGCCAUUCCAAUCCCUCCACUUUUAUAGUAUGUAUUGUGUAAUUUGUGUCUUGGAAAAUAUUUUAGUGGAAAUAGAUUUUUAAAUUUUCAGUGUGGAAAUUUUUUCUAUAACCUGGCCCUUUGGUACAAUCUGAAAUUCAUCAUAAAUGCUGCCUAAUGUUUAUGUUUCUUUAGAGCAGAAGGCAUGAAUGAGAAUGGCUGGCUGGGGAAUUCUGGGAGUUGAGGUCCACAGACCUUAAAGUUGUCAAGGUUGGACACCCCUCUUUUAGAGCAAAAGUCAAACAGUAGGGGUGGGGAGGAAGCAUAUGGUUGGUUCCAACUUUUGAAGAUCAGUGAGGAGAACCAUUCAAACUGGAGUUCUGCUUCUGAGCCUUAGGCAUCCUUGGGAAAUGAUCUGGUUUCUGACUUUAAAAACCCUAUAACAGUGUUUCUCAACCUUGACAAUUUUAAGGCAUGUGGACUUGCAUUGCUGGCUGUGGAAUUCUGGGAGUUGAAGUCCACAUGCCUUAAAAUUGUCAAGGUUGAGAAACACUGCCCUAUAAUAUUGCUGAGAAGGAAGACAUAGGCGCCAUUGACUUCUCUUCCUUGUUUACUGGAUUGCCCAGUAGUUUUUGACUUUUUAUGCUGCACACUCUUAAAUAAAGACUGCCCAUCCUUUAUUACUGUAUAUAAAUGAACAGCCAUUCCCCAAAGGUUUGAAAAAACUUGAAUUGCAAAGUCAAAAUUUGGGGAUGAGAUGGAAGGAACUGAUGCUAUAUAUCUGUAAAGCAAGUUUGACAAAUGUGUGGUCAGGGGUAAGUUUAUUAACCCUAUUCUAGAUUUUAAACAUUUGUAAAAAAUAAUAAUAAUAAUCCAGAACUCAUAACAUGAAUAGACCUGUGUUGGUGAUUGGGGAAGAGGGCCUUUACUAAACUAAUCAUUUGCAGCCAUAAUUUUCUAGGCACUUCAUCUAAAAGUAAUCCUUUACUUUGAGCUGCUGUGAAAUACACAAGGCACCUGUUCUAGCAUGCUAAAAUGUAGUUUCACCCCUUCUUACAUGCACCAGUUUAACUGUGUUAAUGGCAGGAAUUGCAGAACUUUUUUUCUAUGAAGGGCUAUUGAUUCCAAACAGGAACAAGCUAUUAAUUUAUUCCACAUUUGAAUACUAAUUAAUUGUAUUAUAGGUUCUUACUUUUUAUUUUAUUUUUUUAAUAAAGAGCAGCUUUUGAAAAAUAAUUAUCUAAUGCCUAGAAAAAGACAGUUGGGGUAUUAGUUGACCAAGAAGAAAAAUACUAUGGCUCUUGCUUGAGAAGGGAGAUCUGGACUCAGACAUGUGUACCCUUGCUGCUUUUAUUAGGGAAAAAUCUCUCACAUUCUUGGAAAGGCAUGCAAGAGGUUGCUGGAAAUGUCUAUGACUACUUUUUUAAGGGGCAAAGGAACUUCCCAGAAGUACCAAUAGAGGAAAGGAAUGGAAUUAAGUGGAAGACCUGCCUCUCUCACCCUCUGAUUGGAGAUUCCCCACCUCAGAUUUCCUAGAUUUAUAAUUAAAGCCAAUUAAAUUUAUCUGUUCUCUUGCAAAGCCUUAAAUUCUAUUUAACUCACUGCAGAAUCCUUUUGCAUUGCAUUCAGUUUCUACUUCAUAAUACAAGCUGAGCUGAUAUGAACCAAUUUUAGAAAUAUUUGUAAAGAUAACUUUUUUUAAAGAAAAAAAGCUACUUUAACAGUUCAAAAAUAUAUUUUUAAAAGAGAGGAAAGAAGGGACUGAAAUGAAUGUUGGAGGAUGGUGUAUUUUGAGACUGUAAAGCACCUUUUCCAAAUCAAAUCAAGCUCCACUGUUUCCAGCAUUCAGUCUUCAGCCAGUACUGGCAAGACCAAAGUCUAGCAAACCAAUUGCCUGUUCUUACUUUUACAGCAACUAAGGCUUCAUUUAGAUGUUAUGGUUAAUGGCCAUUGAUGGCUCCACCAUGAUUCUGACAAGUUCAGGCAUCAGCAAGGAAUGCCAACCAAACAUCAAAGCCGUUUAAUCAGGCCUUUCCAACACACUUAAUGAUAAAGCAUGAUGGAAGUGCAGUUCAGCAACAUCUGGAGGGCCACAUAUGACUUUACCAUUGUAGGUCUUUUGCAAAACCAUCUAAACAACUGGAUGCAACUACAUUUUAUGUAAAAUUGAUGCUAAUGUCCGUUAACCCUUUUUAUGUGACAAAAGAGUCUGCACGAAGGUUACAUUUAUUUCAAAAUUUACUUUAAAACACUAGAGAGGUUAUUUGUGUCUGUAUACCUGUUCAUGUUCUUACAAAUGAUAAGUUAUUUCUUCUUUGAGAUGUCUUAAAAUUAAAAUAAAGUGUUGAUAGGGGUAGUAUAAAGCUAUGAUAAGAGUACAUAAAGAAGCAGUUUGUGUCUGUGUCAUUAUUAAGUGCUUAUAUCUCUUUUCAUUGCUGUAUAUUCAAGUGUGAUUUUCUGAAUUAUGUUUUCCUACUGUGUUAAUAAACUAACAGGUAGAA